AUGUCUGGUUCUGAUAAGUUGUAUUGGGAUCUUGAAUUUCCACUUGAGAAUGUGAAUGUUGACAAGUUGAAACAAGUUUUCAAACUUGUGGAGAUUGAAGUUUCUGGAAUUGAGGGUUUAAAAAGUUCCAAAAGAUUGUUAAAUUUUGAAAAAGACAAAUCUUACUAUAAGAAAUAUUCUGUACCACCACGUUUUAACAGCAACAACCAAAAUAGAUGGUCGGGUGGUUAUCGGGGUGCAAAGGUUUCUGAUUCUGAAAAACAAUCAUCUUCAACAAAGAAGAUGAAUGUACCUUUGGACUUUUAUGAGAAACUUGAGAAACAAACUUCGACCCCUCCAGGGAAGAAGUAUGUUCCAAAGAAAGAACAACCAUCUGGUCAACCUCCGAAAAACGAAUUCUUUUUAUAUAAAGAGGUUGAGGAGCUCCCAAGAUCUAUCUCACGUUGGAUUAUGGAUAGCGGAGCAUCCAUGCACAUGACGGGGAGAAAAGCCCUGUUAUACGAUGUUAGAGGGUUUAACGAUGGAUACGUCGGUUUUGCUGAAUGUCUGAUCUUGAAGACUGGGUUUGUCAUCCCCGAGGAGUGGAUCAUCAUGAGAGCACCACGAGUUAGUGAUUUGUACGUGGUGGAUAUGAGCGUCGCAACGACUACCACGGGUCAAACUCAUUGCUUCAUGUCAAGAGCUACUCAAAAGGAGUCAGAAUUAUGGCACCGGAAGAUGGGCCACAUUCACCUGCGCAAGAUGAACCACCUGGUGCAUAACGAUUUGGUGAAAGGUGUUCACUUGAAGAGUUUUCAUCUUGAGGGGGAGUGUAUAAGUUGUAUAAAGGGAAAACAGCGAAAGAAAUUUCACCCUUGCAAAAAGAUGAACUCAGUCUCGAAGCUGUUGGAAAGACUUCACAUGGAUCUCUUUGGUCCUGUGAAUGUUAAGAGCAUAACGGGUUGUCUUUACUGCCUAGUAGUCACUGACGACUAUUCGAGAUUCUCGUGGGUGACGUUCUUAAAGACAAAAGACGAAACAUUUGAGAGUUUGCUGAGGUUAUUCAGGAAGAUUGAGAAUUUGUACCGAACUCGCAUACAAAGAUUAAGAAGUGACAACGGUACAGAAUUCAAAAAUAACAAAAUGGGGGAAUUUUGUGAUCGAAGAGGUAUAUUGCAAGAAUUCAGCGCGCCAUACACUCCGCAACAAAAUGGAGUCGCAGAAAGAAAGAAUAGAACGCUGAUCGAAACGGCGAGGACGAUGCUUGUUGAUUCCAAGUUACCGGUUAAUUUCUGGGCAGAAGCAGUAUCAGCCGCUUGCUAUACUCUCAACAGGUUAGAAGAAGAGCCAGAGUUCUUUGAUGAUUUGGAUAUUUUACGAGAAUAUGAAGCAUCUCAGGGAAGAUUUCCAGAAAGGUCUUCUAGACGUCAACGACAAAUUUCCAAUGAUAAUGAAGCUUGUCCAAGUAACACUGGAGAGAAUGAUGAAGUUCAGCAAACUCCGACUACUUCAGAACGCGAACCUGCUCCUGAAAAUCAGACGGUGGUCAAUGAUAAUUCAGAAUCUGAUGAUAUUCCUACUAUUGAUCAUGGUGAUUCAGAGUCUGAAGGGGAGCAAAUCCAAUCUUCAAAUCAGACAAUUCUUGAUAAUGAACAAGUUGCGGAUCAGAACGUUACUAAUUUGGAAGGCGAGGUGGAUGUUCCUGGCGAAGUUAUGCCGAGGACUCUUUCAUACCAUCCAGAGGAGUUGAUAAUAGGAGAACUGCAGUCAGGCGUUCGCACCAGAAGACAGAUUGACCAUGACCUUACUUGCUUUUAUACUAAAGUUUCUCCUUUACAAACUGAAUUUUCACUCACUUGUUUCAUUUCGCAGAUUGAGUCGAGAACCUAUAAGGAAGCACUGGCUGAAGAUUCAUGGGUCAUUGCAAUGCAAGAGGAGCUGAGUCAAUUUGAAAAGCUUGGUGUAUGGAAGCUUGUGGAUUUACCUGACGGACAUAGGAAGAUAAACACGAAGUGGGUGUUUAAGUGUAAAAGAGACGACCGAGGGGUUAUUGUGCGAAACAAAGCUCGACUCGUGGUCCAGGGUUUCAGUCAACAAGAGGGGAUAGACUUCACAGAGAUAUAUGUUGAUGACAUUAUUUUCGGGUCCACAAAUGAAGAACUCUGCAAAGGUUUUGAAAAAGUAAUGAAGCAGAAGUUCGAGAUGUCUUCAAUGGGUGAGAUGAACUUCUUCCUAGGGCUCCAGGUCGACCAAAUGCCUGAAGGAACUUUCAUACAUCAGACAAAAUACGUUCACGAUGUUCUAGAGAAAUUUGGGAUGUCCGGAACGGCACCAAUGUCCACCCCAUUAGCAACGAAUCAUGGUAUCAACCCUGAUCUCACCGGAGAGAAGGUCGACGAAACGUUAUAUCGCUCUAUGAUCGGCUCGCUAAUGUAUUUGACAGCAUCAAGGCCUGAUAUAAUGUACCCAACCUGCCUCACGGCCCGAUAUCAAUCAAGUCCUAGAGCCUCGCAUAUGUCAAUCGUCAGGAGGAUAUUACGCUACCUGAAAGGAACUCCAAGCUUGGGUUUGUGGUAUCCAAAUGAUGGUGACUUCACACUUGAAGGGUACUCUGGUUCUGACUUUGGUUGCUGCAAAGUCAAUGUAAAUCAACAACUGCAGGAUGCCAAUUUUUCGGACCCCGACUGGUCGCGUGGCAAUUUGUUGUCGAAUGCGGAGGGGAUACUUGGCGUUGAUGAGAAUACCACCGCAGAUGAUGUUGAGAAGCAGACCACACUGGUUUUAUGCAUGUCGGCGUCUGUCGGACCUUAA